AGGAACGUCAGUCCAAGUUGUCCACGGUCUUGUGAGGUGCUCGUGUUAUGUCAUAAAGAUUGAUUUCAUGCCACGUUGCAAUGAGAAAAAGGUUGGCGUACUUCCUAUGAACUUUUGAAUCUGGCCCGGUUUGCCGAGUCAGCUCCCCCAAGUAGCAUGUAGUGUAAACAUGCCACACAAGAACUUGUUGUUGGCGUUUCGAGGCGCAUGCGAAGUAAGCAGUCACGCCCCUGGUUGUGGUAAUGGAACGCCCGACUCCCAUGCCACAACCAUUACCUAACAAGCUUAAGGCCAAGAACCUAAGAUUACACCUGCAUGCACCCGGGCCAGAACUGACGCGGUGGUACAGCACAGCAGAACCUGGCUAGCAUCGCGGCUGUAGAGUUGACCACAGUCACUGGAAGUGCUGCCCCGGAUUCAGUCAACGUAAGAGUAUCAGCGCAGUGAUCCUGAUGGGGAAUUUCUACUCACAAGAAGAGAAGGCACCAUUGGACGUGACAGAUGUAGACGACCCAAAGGACAAGGACUUUGGAAACUAUGACUUUCCGUUCGAGAACCUGGUUAUAGAGGGAGGUGGGGCCAGAGGAGUGGCUUAUGUUGGAGCGCUGCGGGUCCUGGAGACUGCAGGAAUCCUCCAGAACAUCAAAAGAGUUGCCGGUGUGAGUGCGGGAGCCAUCACUGCCACGUUCGUGGCGCUGGGACUCAGCUGCGCGGAUGUGGCAGAGCAGGCUGAGGUGGAUCUGGGCAAGAUUCUCCUCUCCGGAGGCUACCUACAGACCCUGGUCAAACCCGUCAAUCUGUACUGGCGGUAUGGGUGGGAAACUGGAGACGGAUUCUCUACGUUCUUUGGAGGCAUCCUGGAGAAGUUCACCCGUAAAGAUGGCCGCCCCGGGAACCCAGAUAUCACCUUUAAGCAGCUGUACAACAUGAGUGGAAUAGAACUCUGCAUUGUGGUGACGAACUUGGACCAGAUGACAGAAGAAUACUUCCACGUCAAGACCACCCCGAACUUCUCCAUCCGCAAGGCUGUCAGGAUGUCCAUGUCCAUUCCAGGACUGUUCCAGCCAGUGUUGAAUGGCUACCAUGGCAACCAGGAUUACUACGUUGAUGGGGGUGUGAUCUGUAACUACCCAAUACACGCCUUCGAUGGCUGGUGGCUCUCCAUGGGGGAAGAGGACUCGUUCUUCCAUAGACUUGAUGACCUUGCCCAUCUCAGUAGGAGCUUCCACCGUUCUAACCGCUUCGAGCCCGUCAACCCGAAAACGAUCGGACUCAUGUUGUAUUCCGAUGACGACAUUGAGCAGCACCAGCAAGUUCUCUGUGAUCGUCUAACGCAGGAAGAAAGACUGUAUGAGAAAAAGAGGCCUGACACCAAGGCAGCCAGGGAGUACCAAGACAAGAGGACCGUUGAGACAGUCGAGGCCAUGGAGAACAGGAAGAAAAUCCGGGGCCUCAUCGACAAGUUUCUGACAAUUCUGAAGGCCCAGAACAAAGACCACACCUCAACUGUCAGUAGGGAGGAACUACACGGGGCUUUAGCAGAGGCAGGAAAGAAUUCUCUGACUGAUAAAGAAAAGGAGAAGCUCUUUGGGGAAGCAUACUCCGUAGACCAACUCUUCGAUCAAAUGGACGCUAACAAAGAUGGAGAGCUGACCUUCCAGGAGGUUCACCAGUUCUUUACCAACAGAGGCUUCAGCUGGCUGACCCGGAGUAUGGAGGAGAAGAGGCAGCACGUCUCCAGUCUCACGGACUACACCCUGAAGUACAUGGAUCUCCUCGGAUUCCUCGGGAAGAAAGUGUACAGCAAGGUUGACGACAUGGAGAGGACCAUUGGAGUGGACAGUGACUAUGUGAAGACAACUGAAUUCGAGCUGGAGAACGAGGAUAAGAUGUUCCUCUUUCAGCGAGGAGCCACCGGUGCUCGAGCGUUCCUGCGGACGUACAUCGCAAAGAACAACCUGAAGCCUGCAAAAUCUGCCGGGAAACGGCGUUGGAAGAACCUACAGCGUCACGUGCUGUUCGCUCCGCGGCAGAGAAAAGUUGCCAAGCCGUAGAGCCCAGCUAGUAACAAUCUCUAAGUUUGUGUUGAAGUGCAUAUUGCAUGGCUUGGAAUCAUCACGAGCAUAUUGCAUGGACUGGAAUACCUUAAUAUCAUCGGUAUGGUUAUGACGACAGAUGAUUGUAUUUGCAUUUUUGAAUCAAUUUUCUCAUUAUUUCGGAAAUAACGGACCAUGGUAACAUUCUUGUCGAAGGGUUCCUGUAGUGGCAAUGAGAAUUUAUCAAGCGUUCUAUGAUCAUGACAUUGCUGUUGGUGCUGUAUUUCUGUAGUUUUAUACGCUAUCGCCGUUUUGUCACAGACGCUUGGGGAAAAUAGCUUUGUUGAUUGUUUUGUUCAUUUGAUAUAUUCGAUUUGCAUGUUGCUUUAGUGAUUGUUAGUUUAGUUAACGUUAUUGUUCUUAUUUCAUGAUUUUAAGCGUAUUUCCAAAUAUAGUUAUACAAAUGUGAAUGAAAUAAGAUAAAUAGGUGUAAAACAUAUAUUCACACUUAUUCAUCUUUGUAAUCUUGCUUUGCCAAUAUUACUUACAAUAUUACCUGUCAUGCUCUUCAAUCAAGUGUAGCAUGCGUUAAUGAACAGCGUAUCUUCUACUUUGAUUUACAUGUUUGCCAUCCAUUCGCUGAAUCAGAAAGAAACACAGCAGAAAAAUCAGUAAUUCUUGGUGUUUGCAGUUUGUCUUGUGUUCAGACACUGAAAUGUUGAAGUUGACACAAUAAUUUAAUCAUGUAUUCAAACUCAUGUGUGAUAUGUACGUGAACAUUUAUGGUUGUCAAAUUCUUACAGAGAUCCUUUAGAUUGCAGUUCAGCGGUCGCUUUAUAAAAUCGACUCGUGGCGGCCAGACGUGGUACUACACGUUACUCUUGGAUGAGACCUGUUAUUCUAAGUUACGAAACGGUGCCACGAUAUGUUUAGACUUGAAUGUUUGGUGAGAUUUACACUUGUGUGUCUUUUGUCCUACUAAUUAAUGUUCAUCGUUUGACACAUCAGUUUCUGCGCAUGAUAUAGGCAGACGAACUGGAGAACCACGUGUCUGUUAUGGGUCAGUGUACUUACAAAGACCCAAGGUGUACCGUUUCAGAAAGUUGGACAAAGUUUCAACUACCUACACUUCGUGCUUUGUAGCCGUGUGUUGAAUAAAUGUACUUCUCCUUAAA